GGUUCCUCAGCUACCAGAGGAGACCCGGUCCUGGACAGGGUCCCUGAGCCAGCGGCGCUAGGACCCCCGGGCAGAGUCUCGGAGAUGGCAGUCGUGGGGGUGGCGGGUGGGAAAUGCCUUACAUGGUCCCCAGAGUUCACCCACUGAGCCCGCGCCCAAAAUAGCCCCUGCCGCCUGCUGGCCUCACUGUGGGCCGGGCGAUGGCGGCUGCCUCUCACCCGGUGGAGCUGGGCGCUCCCUGGGGGCCCACGGGCCCGGAGCCCCCUCCCACGCGCUUCCACCGUGUGCACGGAGCCAACAUUCGCGUGGACCCCUCGGGGACCCAGGCCACACGCGUGGAGAGCUUCGCCCACGGUGUGUGCUUCAGUCGAGACCCGCUGGCCCCGGGCCAGGUAUUCCUGGUCGAGAUCGAGGAAAAAGAACUGGGUUGGUGCGGGCAUCUGCGUCUCGGCCUGACUGCGCUGGACCCCGCCAGUUUGGCUUCUGUGCCCGAGUUUUCGCUACCCGACCUGGUCAGCCUGGGCCACACCUGGGUCUUCGCCAUCACUCGCCACCACAACCGUGUACCCCGGGAAGGCCAAUCGGAGGCAGAGGCAGCGGCCCCCAGCCGACCCCCGGCACUCUUGGUGAAACCUUAUCUGUGCAUUGAGCAGUUUCGAAUUCCCCGGGACCGCCUGGUGGGCCGAAGCCGGCCGGGGCUCUACAGCCAUCUCCUGGACCAGCUCUAUGAGCUGAAUGUGUUGCCUCCUACCGCGCGCCGCAGCCGCCUGGGAGUCCUCUUCUGCCCGCGCCCAGAUGGCACGGCAGACAUGCACAUCAUCAUCAAUGGCGAGGACAUGGGCCCCAGCGCCAGGGGACUGCCAGCUGCCCAGCCUCUCUACGCGGUGGUGGAUGUGUUUGCCUCCACCAAAAGCGUGCGCCUGGUCCAGCUGGAGUAUGGCUUGCCGUCCCUGCAGACUCUGUGCCGACUGGUGAUCCAGAGGAGUGUGGUGCACCGGCUGGCUAUUGAGGGGCUCCACCUGCCCAGAGGACUUAAGGAUUUCUGCAAGUAUGAAUGAAGGCCUGCAGCUGCCGCGACCCAGAGCAAGAGGAGUGUAUCCUGCUCUCAGAGCUGUGGCUAGUCUGAAACUCACCCCACUGCUGCCAACAAGGACCAGAAAUAAACACAGCUGAGGGGGCUGGGGAUUUAGCUCAGUGGCACAGCACCUGCCUGGCAAGCGCAAGGUCAUGAGUUCGAUUUCUGGUACCGGAAGAAAAACAAAAACAAAUAAACACAGCUGAGGUGCCAUUCUUCCAGUCUUUGGCACACCCCCUUCCCCCUGCAGCCUGUGAGAAGCAAUUCUAGAAUCAUUGCAGGUUCAUAGAACAGAGUAAAGGGAGCAUUUUAGACCUAAACUAGGGAUUCUUAGCCUGGCCACUUAUGAGGGUUAUCUGGGAUACUUAAAGAAUGCUGAUGCCCCAGACUCCAUCUCUAGAAAUUCUCCUUCAAUUUGUCAGGGGAUUAGGCCUAGAUGUUUUUUGUAAAAGGCCCUCUUGUUUAUUUUUUAUUUUAUUUUUUUGUAAGACAGGGUCUCAGAUAUGUAGUUCAGCCCGUCCUUAAACUCCCUAUGUAGCUCAGGCUGGCCUGGAACUUGAAGCAAUCCGCCUGCCUCAGCCUCCUGAG